AUGAAGACCUUCGCAGCACUCGCCCUUUCUUUCUCCAGCCUUAUGGCUACCGUCUCCGCUCACGGUUACAUCGUCUCUCCUCCUCGCCGUGCCCCUGGUGCAGAGAUGUCAGCUGUCUGUGGUAGCACCAUUUACAACAACCAGGCAUCAGACAAUGCCGGCCCAAUUCAGUUGCUCAUGCAAUCUGCUUCUUCUAUUGUCGAUGUCGAUGCUUGCAAUCUAUGGCUCUGCAAGGGUUACCAGUUCGCAGACAACACAGACCAGGUCCAGUCUUACACUCUUGGACAGACAAUUGAUAUGGAGGUCAAGAUUGUCGCACCUCACAGUGGGUACGCCAAUGUGUCUAUUGUCGACACAAAGACAAACACCAUCAAGGGCUCCGAAUUGAAGUCAUGGGAUGUAUAUGCAUCUACAGCAACCGGUGUUACUGCCGAUGAGACAAACUUCAGCAUCACUAUUCCCACCGACUUGAGUGGUUGCACCACCGCUGGAGAGUGUGUCAUCCAAUGGUUCUGGUACGCUCCUCCCUCUGUUGACCAGACCUACGAAGGCUGUAUCGACUUUGUCAUUUCCGAUGGAACUGCCGCUACCACUUCUGCCGCUGCUACCACAACUGCUGCUGCCACUACAUCUGCUCCCACUGUCGAAACCACCUCUGCUGCUAUCGAGACAACAUCCGCUGCCGUUGAGACUACUUCCGCUGCUGUCGAGACCACUUCUGCCGCCGUCGAGGUCCCAACUACCUCCGCUGCUCCAGUCGAGACUACCUCCGCAGCUGUUGAAGUUCCCACCACCUCCGCAGCGCCCGUUGAAAGUACUUCGGCCACUACUAAAGUGCCUGCCGAAACUACUUCUACAGCGGUUAUCGCGACUUCCUCUACCGCGGUCGUAGUCCCCACCACCUCCGUCGCAGUCCCAACCACCCUUGUCACCAAGACCCGCUCCAAGACCUCCACUGUUGUUCCGGUGACCAAGACCUCUACUUCAUCUUCUGCUCCUGCUGCUACUACCUCUGCUGCUGCUUCAACUGGUUGCAGCAAGACCUCAGCAGAGUACAACAAGUGCCUGGAUGCGGUAAACAUGUGCAUUAGGAAUUCUCAGAGCUCCACAGGUGGUGCGGUUGAUUUCGCGGCCUGUGAGGCUCAGAGAGCUGCUUGUACUAUGUGCUAG